GUCGACCGCCUGAUUUCUCACCAUGUAAGUUCUCGCUCGUAGGAGUAUCAGAGUCUGGCUCGAUUUGAUUUUUCCCCCCAAUUUAAUUGGUGACUGAUUGUGUUGAUUUGUUUUUUUUGUUAUAAUGGAUGGAGAAAGUGAGGGCGAAAUUUGAAGAUAAAAGGAAGAGGCAAGCGAGGAGGAUCAUCCAAGUGAUAGAGGAAGGAAUGUCGAAGCGACUCAGGGCCAAAGAAGACGAGAAUUGGGUGCUGGAAGAGCAAGUGAAGUCGCAUUGUAUCGAGAACCAAAUAUGGCAAGAUUUGGCACAGAGCAAUGAGGCGACAACCAAUACCCUCCGUUCCAAUGUGGAACAAGUCCUCGCCGUGAAAGAAGACCAACAGCGCCACCACCACCAGUCGCUGAACGACACGACGACCCUCGACCAGUCCUACUUCGAAAGCAACGACAUUGCGAAUGAUACAACAACGGCGGCGGAAACUGGUUGGUCUGCCGGAAGGAAGAGGAUGUGGCACUAGAGUGCAGUACUAGCAGAGCAGUAGGAUGUGUCGGAAUUGCGCUCGUUAAUUUUUACUGCUCUUUUAUAGAACCUCGUCAUUUUCACUUUAUUAAUUGUUAUUAUAUAAUAAAGAUGAUAAACCAGAUAAAGAAAGUAAGUGGAAUGAUGAGCUGGAAAAAUAAUUUUUUUAUUUUGUUUAAUUUCCACGUCAUCUAGUUAACGGUCAAAUUUUAUAGUUGGCUGCCCGUAGGACAAAUUUAACGGAGUGUAACGGGCGGUGAUUAACUGUCAAACGAUUAAUAAAGUUAGUGGCGAAUA